UGAUUGCACGGUUCCGGAGACCCGACGGCCACGUACCCGCCGACGUCGCAUGCCAUGCGCAGUCACGCAUCGCCAUGGAACGAACGAGGAUCCCCCUCUGCUCUGCCCUGCUCCCAGUGUCACAUCCGUCACCCUCUCCCAGCUCUCUGCCACCGCAUAUGCGCCCCGUCCGGUAGGUGCGGCUACCCUCAUGGCUCAUGCACCUAGCUCUCUCGCCCGCCAUGGCCCGCCCCCGCCCCGCAGCCAGGACCGCGGUGGGGCUCCGCCACUGCGCCACCGCACAUGCUCCCCGGAUCGAUCGAUCGAUCGGAUCGCUCGUUCCCUUCCCCACCGCCUGCCACUGCCACCGCAACCCCGUCGCUGCCUACUCGCUUUGUUUGUUCCCCUCCCCGCCCGGUAAAACGCGCGCGCUGCUCCUCCGACCGGCCUCGCCACUGCGUUGCGCCGCUCGUUUUCACCGCGCCGCUCUCCUAGCUUUUAACCCGGCACCGGCUGACGCCCGCCUCGGUCACCCGCUGUUAAGUGCCCGCCUGCGCCUCGCUCGACAGCGCGCACAGGCGCAGCGCGAGGCCGCAUUCAACUCGCCUGGGCCACCACCGCGCUCGCCACCUCCAUAUCACCCGAGAGCGAGCGAGCUACCUCCACCUCACGCCGACAGACGUAACAACCCACCCCGCGCAGCUCUGCGCGUGUCCGCCCCGCCUCCACUGCUGGCAUUUACGUGGCGCUGCUGCUGCUGCCGCUGCCGCUGCGCUUGCUCGCGCGCGGAGCGGGAGGACAUGAGCCGCGCCGCGCACCGGGAGAUGCCGGCCGGGGGCGGGGGCGGUGGCGCGGGGGCGAAGAUCAAGGCGACGCCGCGGGCGCUCUUCUCCUGCGGCAUCUUCAGCACCUGCACGCACCCGGCGCUCAGCCCCACGGCCACGCCCAACAACAAUGGCGCGGCGGGGAACGGUGGGGUGAAGGGUGGUGGUGGUGGUGGGUCGGCCACUCCGGGCGGCGACGCGUCGCCGGCGCUGGUGGAGGCGGCCGCGGCCUCGGCGGUGCCGUCGCCUGUGCAGUGGCAUCGUCAGAAGCAGGUGGUGCACGGGGGUAAUGCUAACGGCAGCAACGGCGCCGGGCCGUCGUCCUCUUCCUCGUCCUCGUCGAGCUCCGCGUCGCAGAGCUUCACGCAGUGGCGGCUGCCGGUGCACCACCCGCAGCACGCGGCCUCGUCGGCGUCCGCGGCGGGGGCAGGGGCGGCCAGCCACGCGGUGGCGGGCAGCACGGAGGAGAAGUUCGCGGCGGGGGAUGUGGUGGCGGCGCUGCGGGCGGUGGAGCGGGAGAUGGAGGCCACAGAAAGUUCAAAGACGGUGCCGCCUGCCGUCGUUGCCGGGGUGGUCGCCGCGGUGCGGGAGCCGGCGACGGCGAGGCUGGCGGCGAAGGUGCUGCUGGUGAUGCUCCUGGAGGAGGGGAACCGCGAGGCGGCGGUGGAGGCGGGCGCGGCGUCGGCGGCCGUGGAGGCGGUGGCGGCGUCGGGCCCCGCGGGCGCGACGGCGGAGCGCGCGCUGGCGGCGCUGGAGCUGCUCUGCACGGCGGCCGGGGGCACCGCGGCCGUGCGCAGGGAGGCCCUGGCGGCGCCCGUGCUGGCGCGCGCCGUGGAGGGCAUGUCCGGGCGCGGGCGCGAGUGCGCCAUCGGCGUGCUGGCGGCCAUCUACGGCGGCGAGGAGGCGGCCGGCGCGUCCCCGCCGCCGCCGGAGGUGGUGAAGGCGGUGGUGGGCGCGAUGCAGGGCGAGUGCAGCGCGCGCGGGCGGCGCAAGGGCGCCCAGCUCCUCCGCGCGCUCCAGGAGGGCGGCCGCCUCGGGCUCGCCUGGGACGGCGUCGGCGGCUCCUGAUGAGCUGAUGAAGCAAGUAGCAACCCGCCGGCCGGCCGCCUCGGCGUCGGCCUCACUCCGCUCCACUCCACUCCGUUAGACCGAAGCUCGAGUAGAAUGGGGCCCCACGCGCAGUGACGGGACGGCGGAUCAUCAGCGGACUGGAUCUGAUUAGGCGGCGCCAUGGGGCCGGCGGCCGCCUCGGCGUCGGCCUCACUCCGCUCCACUCCACUCCGUUAGACCGAAGCUCGAGUAGAAUGGGGCCCCACGCGCAGUGACGGGACGGCGGAUCAUCAGCGGACUGGAUCUGAUUAGGCGGCGCCAUGGGGCCGGCGGCCGCUGUUGCAACAACCUUGGGUGGUUGAUUACAUUAGAUAAUGGAGGUCAGGUGUCCGUCCGUCAGUCACCUCUGUACUAGUACUAGUGUAGGGUCCGAUAAGAUGAGAUGAUCUUGAUUUGUAGUGGUGCCGACUAUAUUCAUCUAUCAGUGAGAUGAGAUCUGCCUGUCCCACGAA